AUUUCAGCUCAUCUCACUCCUCAGGUUUUCUUUACCUUUGCUGUUAACUCAAGUUAUCUUUUUUUAUAUUCUUAAAUUCGAUGGUUGUUCUACUAAAACCAGAAUAGUUUGUAUUCACUCUCAAACAAAACUGAUUUGUCUAGACUCAUCAACGUUCUGAAUAUUUAUAGUUCAACCAUGAACUUGACAUUCGCUUCUACAAGUGUAUAUUUCCAUUUCUUGAAAUUAGUAACUGAAGAUUUCUGAUGCCAUUAGAGAGACCAAUCUGUUUAUGACUCCGUUGAAGUCAUCUAGGACUGAUAGUGAAAUUUCUUCUUCUUAUUCAUGAUUGAUCAACCAUUAGAUGGAGGCCAAGAACUCUGUAAUCGGACGGGAAAACUGCAGAGCUAAAGGUGGUAAUCCAGGAUUCAAAGUAGCAAUUCUUGGAGCUGCAGGUGGAAUUGGACAAUCUUUAUCUUUGCUGAUGAAGAUGAACCCUCUUGUCUCUUUACUUCAUCUCUACGAUGUUGUCAAUGCUCCUGGCGUCACUGCUGACGUCAGUCAUAUGGACACUGGAGCUGUUGUCCGCGGGUUCUUGGGAGCGAAGCAGCUUGAGGACGCGCUAACGGGUAUGGAUCUUGUGAUCAUACCAGCCGGUAUACCGAGGAAACCAGGGAUGACCCGCGAUGAUCUGUUUAAAAUCAAUGCUGGGAUUGUUAAAACACUAUGUGAAGGUGUAGCAAAAUGUUGUCCUAAUGCUAUUGUCAACUUGAUCAGCAACCCUGUGAACUCUACUGUCCCCAUUGCCGCUGAGGUUUUCAAGAAAGCUGGAACUUAUGAUCCUAAGAAGCUCCUUGGAGUUACUACACUCGAUGUUGCUCGUGCCAACACAUUUGUGGCAGAAGUUCUUGGCCUUGAUCCAAGAGAAGUCGAUGUGCCAGUAGUUGGGGGACACGCCGGAGUCACAAUCUUGCCACUACUGUCACAGGUUAAACCUCCUAGCAGCUUCACACCUCAAGAAAUUGAGUACCUGACAAACCGGAUUCAAAAUGGUGGAACUGAAGUUGUGGAGGCAAAAGCUGGAGCUGGUUCUGCAACACUUUCAAUGGCAUAUGCUGCAGCCAAGUUUGCAGAUGCUUGCCUUCGCGGGUUAAGAGGAGAUGCGAAUGUCGUAGAAUGCUCUUUUGUUGCUUCACAGGUGAAUCUUGAAAACUCUUUCACUCUCUUUCAUUGUUUCAACGGUUUUAACUUGAAAUGGCAAUUGACCACAGGUGACAGAAUUAGCUUUCUUUGCAACAAAAGUGCGCCUUGGCCGUACAGGAGCAGAGGAAGUGUAUCAGCUUGGACCCUUAAACGAAUACGAAAGGAUUGGUCUGGAGAAAGCAAAAGAUGAAUUAGCCGGAAGUAUUCAGAAAGGUGUUGAAUUCAUCAGAAAAUGAAACUGAGAGAUAAUCAGAGAGAUACAAUAAGUUAUUUCCUCAACUAUAUGAUCAUGUACUCAUCAUCACAUCAUGCCUAUGUCUCCUCUGCUUCUGAUACAACUUUGUAUAAAUCCUUAUCAGUUUGUGUACGAUAUAUGUGACCUUUUCAACGUACUUCUCUAUUGUUUUCGAUUAUCCAAAACCAAUCUUUAGGACCCA